AUGCUGCGGACACGCGCACGACACGCAGCGUGCACCUGCUCACGGCUGAGCACGUCGGCACCGCGCCUCGCCCGCCGCACGCUCUCCUCGUCCUCGACUCCGUCCCCACAACCUCGCUCGUCUCAGCCCGCUUUCCUCCUGCGUGACUUGCGACAACUGCUGGGACGGUACCCUCUUCUGGACGAGGCAUGGAACAGCAGGCUUGAACGGGCGGUCGCGGACCUCGAGCGGGCGAGAAAGGCUCGCAUUGCAGUCGUUGGCGACCAGCAGAGUGGCGCGGCGGAACUCGUCUCGGCGCUCCUCGACGACCCGCUCGCGAGCAACGCGGAUGUCACGGUUGCGCUCGAGGCGCGGCGGCUAGGAAAGGAUGCGCCAGAAGCGUUGGUCAUCUCAUACGGCGAGGACGGCAGCGCGACUUCGAGCGAGGUCAAGGUGCCUUCGGCAUGGCUGCGGGAGAUUCAGGCAGAGGUCGUGGAAGUGCAGCAUGGAGACGUCCCGCCGCUCGAAUCCUCCUUCUCAUCCCUGCACCUCUCCGACAUCGUCGUCCUCGUCCUCUCCGAUUCGUCGCUACUCUCGUCCGUACCCGCCCAGACCGUCCUCUACAACCUGCACCAAAAGCCGAACCUGCUCGUUGCGCUCAACUGCCCCGACGCGACUCCUUCCGCCUCUGCAUCUCCCCUCCGCACCCUCGAACACCAGCUCAAGACGCUCUUCCCAGCCGACGAGGAACCUCGAACGUUUGUCAUCUCGACGAAGCAGGCGCUAGCGGGUCUCGAGGCGCUGCAACCCUCUGAACCUGAUCAGCCGCCUUCGUACGAUGACUUCCAGCACAACUACCUCGCCUCGCAGAUUCCCCACAUCCACCAACUCCUCACGACCGCCAUCACCUCCUCCACCUCAUCCUCCGUCCCGACACCCCUGCAGACACAGACGGCCGCCUACGUGCUCUCCGCCGCCCUGCACCGCGCAGCCUUUGCAGGCGCUCAAAUCGCCGACUCGCUCACCUCCGCCUCUUCGUCACUCUCCGCGCUCUCGCAACAGACCGACGAGCAAUGCGCGUCCCUCCGCACCUUGCUCGGCGUCGAACCUGCAACUGGCCUGAUGCGCGUCCCCAAGGACGAGCUUGCGGGCGCCGCAAAGGCGCUCGACGAGCUGUUCCUCACCCGUCUCGCGUGGUACAAGCUGCCCUACCGGGUGGACGACCUCGCAGCCGAGAUCGCGCUCGUCGUCGAACGGACGUACCUGCCUAAAUUCGAGGACUCGCUUGUCUUCGCUUCCGGCAAGGCACUGUCGCUCGCGUCCGUUCUUGGCGACAAGACCGACAAGGUCCUCUCUUCGCCGCUCUUCUCUCUCUCUCCGACAUCCGAAGCCCUCUCUCCCAGCGCAAAACUCGCCUCGCUCUAUUCUCCCACCCUCCUGAACGCAAUCGACCAAGCCGCGCGCGACGCCUCGACCGCCCUCUCUUCCACUCCAACAUCCCUCUCCUCCGCCGUCACCCACCGGCGCAACCAGAUCACCUCGCCCGGCGGACCCGUCGAAGCGCUCCAACGGCGUGCACAGAAAUCGAUCAUCCGUUCAUCAACUCUCGCACUCUCUUCCACCGGUCUCGCCAUCGCAUCCGAACUGUCGACCUUCGCCGAGCUCGGCACGAACUUUGGCGCUGGCUUGCUCGGCGUGACGAUCUCGUGUUGGUGGCUGCAGCGCGGAUGGGAGAAAGCCAAGAAGCGGUUCAAGAAGGACGUGUUUGAGCGCAUCACGGGUGGGUUGGAGGAGGAUUUGGGCGUCAGGGCGGCGAGGUUGACGGAACGGGCGGCGUUCAAGGCUAGGACGACCGUGGCGAUGGCGGGCGAGGUGGUGAUGCGGAAGCAGGGAGAGUGGGAGAAAGUCAGGAGGCAGUUGGCGGAAAUCGAGCGGCGGAGGAAGGAGAUGGAGGGCACGCAGGAUGCGCCGGAGCGGACGCAAGGGAAGAAGGCUGCGCGGGCUUGA